CUGAAAUGUCCGACUUCCGUGUCCAUGCUAGCAGCGAGUCAGAGCCAAGGACGACGACUUUAACAAGACUCCCUCUGAAAACCAUGCAAAUUUAAGGUCACAUUGCGUGGAGAGGAUGAGACGCAUCGGCUACAGCGUGAUGUCAAAAGGGGUCUCAGUGUUAGAAGUCGCCAAGCAGCAGAUGCCGCGGGGUGGCCCUUCACCUCCCAGCCGCCGCCCCCCCACCUCAGACUGCUUCCCCCUCAGCCACCUCAAUAUAGCCGAAUGUGGAAGUGAGACUUCAGCUGGAGCAGCUGAAGCAGAGAAACACGAACCUACAAAUCUCUCCAGGAUGAGGUCCAUCGUGAUCUUCUACAUCUGCUACCUGCUGUGCCUGUGCCUGGGCCUUGCCUGCGUGGUGUGUGUGUGUUUGUGGAACAGCCAGUGGCGCGGCGGGUUCGCCUGGGACCGCUCGGAUCUGCAGUUCAACUGGCACCCCGUCCUGAUGGUCACAGGUCUGGUGGUGGUGUACGGUGCCGGAGCUGUGUUGUACCGAAUCCCCCUGACCUGGGGUCAGAAUAAACUCCCCUGGAAGCUCCUUCAUGCUGCACUGAUGCUCAUUGCCCUGGUCCUGUCCAUCGUGGGACUUUGUGCUGUCUUUGACAACCACAAUGCCAAAAACAUUCCCAACCUCUACUCCUUGCACAGCUGGAUUGGAAUUGCUGCUACAGCUCUUUUCGCCAUACAGUGGGUGGUAGGUGUGGCUGGCUUCCUCCUGCCAUGCUCUCCCAUAUCACUGCGUAAACUCCUGAAACCUGUCCAUGUGUGGAUGGGCGGAAUCAUACUGGUGUUCAGCAUUGCUGCCUCCAUCUCCGGAAUCAAUGAGAAACUCUUCUUUGUUCUUAAAGGAGCGGCAAGUGGAACUCAGCCAUAUGCUAACCUUCCGCCUGAGGCUUUGUUAGGAAAUUCAUUAGGAGUUUUGAUUGUAGCCUUCGGUUUGGUUGUCCUAAAGAUUUUGUCCAACCACGAAUGGCAGCGCCCGGACUCUCGUCCUGAGGAUAUGGCUUACACGCCAUUGCUUCAAGAAGAAAAUGAAUGAAUGAAUGAAGGAAAUUUCAAAAUUGCUGACCACAUCAAACCCGGCCAUGCAAAACCAGUUCAACCAUCACAGAUCACAAGAGGCUGAGAAGUUUCCAAUCUGAAUGUAAAAGCAGCUGCCUGUAGGGUGUAAUAAUUAUCUGUCAGUAAAUAUUUAUUUGUAAUUAUAUUUAAGAUUGCUUUUUUGCCUAAAGAAUAAAAAAAUGUGUUUCAUCAAAA